AUGGCGCCCGUUUCUCCGAUUAGUAAAGAGUUGAUGAUCGCCAUAAGUGAAAACGAAAAAUUUUUAAGCGAAAUUGUUAAAAUGAAAGAAUUAUUUGAAAAUAAAAAGUCGGAAGUGAAAAUUGACAUAAAAAACUUUUUUGAUAAAUUGAAAAAUCAAUUAUAUUUGAUGUGUAAAGAAUCUGAAGGUUCUUUCGACACUUUCUUUCAACAAGAAGAAACAUAUUUGAACAACCAGCUUGAAAUAUUAAAGUCUUUGAAUGAUGAAGGCUUAAAGUUGAAUAUGAUGAUAAAAGAUACCCCAUCAAAUCCCAAGACUAUUGCUUUAGGUGUCACUUACUUGGAAAAUUUACGAAGUUUCAAAAAAUCAAUAACUCUAAAUGGAAUUUCAUCAGCAGACUUUAAGUUUGUACCACUGACGGAUCAGCUUAGCUCAGACCUUUGUUUCAAUAAAUAUUAUCAGGCUGAUCCAUUCAAAAUUGCAGUUGUCUCAAUGAAACAGGAUUCAGAAAAUCCUUCACAGAUUACAGCCUAUGUCAACAAAAAUGAACUUAUAUACCUUCAUACAAAUGCAUCCUACCAUCCAAGGUUGAUCCACCAUUUAAGCGUAGCCAUCAUAGAUCCACAAGAAAUAAUUUUGCCAGGUAUAAGAUUGUCAGAUGAACGUAAUGGGUCAUAUUUUAUUCAUUAUAAGCCCACUCAACUUGGAACUCAUCUGUUAAAUGUUAGACUCUAUGAUCUUCCAAUUUCAGGAUCACCUAUAACAAUUAACGUUGUCAAGAAAAAAAAUGAUACAAGAGCUGGUGUAGAUUCUGAAAAGAACCUGAAAAAGUCAGAGGAAAGAAAUUUAAAUGAUUCAUUUGUGAAGAUCAAUGAAUCAGGUGACAACGACUAUAUAUCAAUUAGUGAUGCUUCUUUUGACAUUGCAACUGAUGAUAAUUGUAAGUUUUUAUGCAGUCCUUGUCCCACUGAUAAACAGAAGAACUCAGUUAUAAAUGCUACUGACAUUUCAGGUGAUGACAAUUCCAAUAUUGAUAAGGAUGGGUUGGAUUUUUUCAAUGCUGACCCAGGUUAUUUAACAAAACAAACUGCUGUAUCAAUAAGUUCACCAGAGGCUCCCAAAACAAAUGUGAAUUUUUCUUUAAUUGAAAAGAAUGAAAAAACUGUUAAAAACUCAAAUGCUUCAAGUGACUUUGACAUUGAUAUGUUAAAAUAUGACAAUGUGAAGUCAGUACUUAUUUCGACUACCAAAAAUAAAAAAACUGAAGUAAAUGUGCUUUAUGCAUCUUUAAUUGAAAGCAAGAACAAUAACAAAUGUGAUAUAAAAAAGGGGACAGCUGAACCAUUAAACCAGAAGAAUAAAUGUAAAGAUUUUUCAUAUUUGAAAGCUGGUGUUGAUAAUUUGCGCAAUAGCUUGCGCAAAACAGGUGAUAAAGAUAGUGUUGGUGGGUUGCUUUUUCAGUAUGACAAUUUGAAAGGUGCCACAUCAAGUGAUUUUGGGAGCUAUGACAAAAUGGCAGGAGUUGUUUCUUCAGAUUCAACGUCUAGUUAA